UGAGAGCUCCGCAGAGCUGACAGUCUCUUUACACACAAACCCACACACUGACUCAAACAUACUCUUCCAGCUAUGGCCAUGGUGCUAUGGGUCUGUCUGCUCUGUCUGCAGGGAUGUCUGCUCACACAUGCUCUGGACUGCGAGAAAUGUGCUGGCACACAGGUUAGAGAGGUCAAGGUUGAAGAUGAACCCCUCUCUUCUUUGCAGAGGGAUAGAAGGGAAGCACAACCACAACAUGCAGCUCAACUCCCUGGAUCUUACUCAGUCAAGGGAUCUCCUAACACACUCAUCCAGGUGACACAAGCUGACAGGUCGAGGCGGCAUUUGAACACCAAUAAGAAGAAGGCCCACAGAUUUCGCAUCGGCUCUUUCUCUUUGCUCAGCCACAACCAUGCAACGAACCCCUUACAGGUAGUGAGCGUUAACAGGCACUCUGAGGGUGCCGCCAAUCCAAAAAUGGCUGCUUUAAAGUCUGUGAAGAAGAGGUCCAAGAGAAGUGCAUCCAAGAGAAACAAGCACGCAAGGACCAAGACAUGCUCAUGAGAGGUUCUUUGAAGCAUUGGCCCCAACAGGAAGAUGCCUCAUUUACACUUACCUCCUUUUUUGAACUUCCUAUCACU